GGCCAUAUUCCAUAUGCCACAUUCCAUUAUGCAUUCUAGCUCAUUCGGGCCGAAAGCCAUCGAUUUCGCAAGUGCAGGCUCUGGCGAGCAUUUGGAUGUUUAGAGUAUCCAUCUCGGAGCACCGAUUUGUCUCGCAAUCACGUCUUUGACGUCAUCGCGUCAUCGGAUGCUACGAGAUGUAUGCUCUCGAGAUUCGCCGCGGGUUCAUUCGUAUCUUCGAGGCAGCGAGUAUAGGUAGCACCUAGCCAGUGUACCAAGUGUAUUACCGUUGUAUUGAUAUUCGAGAUAUAGAGUCAGCUCUACCAUUUGACGAGCGUUGGAUUAUUUCAUCCCCCCCAUUACAUAGUGGAGACUCCGGGUAAGGAGCACCGUCAUCCGAAGAUCCCAGGUAAGUAGGAUAAUUUGAAUUUAAAUUAGAAAAUCUACAGAGUUAGUAGGAAUUUUUCGAGCUUCACCAAGUCAAAAAUUCACGAAAACCAAAAGUAAUUUUCAUUAAUCAAUUGAUAGUACGGAAACGGUUAGUAAUUUUCAAGCUUCACAAAGUUGAAAAUAGAAAGCGUAGCGUAAUUUUCAAGAUUUUUUUUCAAGAAGUAUUCAGUGAAAUUCUAUUCACCGAUUUUCCAUUGAAUUUUCUGGGGCAGCAGAAAAUUAUUUCAAAAAUUUAGACGAAAAGUCGAAAUUUGAAGUUUUUUAUCAGUGAAAUUUUAUUCGCAAAUUUUACUGCAGAUCAUUUCUGGGGCAGCAGAAAGGAAUUUAAUUUUUUUUUAGACGAAAGUCUUGAAUAAAGUUCGUUUAUUUUAUUCGUUGAUUCUAAAAUUUCUGGGGCAGCAGAAAAGUAAUUCAAGAAAUUUAGACGAAAGUCUUGAGUAAAUUUCAUUGAAGUUUUGAAUUAUCAGUCGAAUCUAAUUCGCAGAUCUUACUUUACGUAGUAAAUUUACAGAAUCACAGAUAGCUUCAAAUAAUUUCUGGGGCAGCAGAACAGCUAUUUAUUAAAAUUCUGUUUCAAACUUGUAAGCAAGAUUAAAUCAAUGUGAAAUUUAACCUGUGCAUACUUGAAAGUUCUGAAAGUUGGUUUCUUCUUCAAACUUUCAUACUGGCAUUAUUUUAAAGAAAGUUUAUUGCAUAUCAUCUCCUUGUGCCUAUCGCAGCAAUUUGGCGACUUUGUCUCAGAUUUACCUUCCCGUGCUGAUUCUCGUACGCAGCUGUGAUCAAACUUUUCAAGUCACGACGCUGAUUGCGCAGAGAAUCUGGACGCGCGACGAAAUCUGGGAUUUCUUUAAGCCUUUCUGCUGAUUCUUCUUUCAUUGCUUCUAUUAGUGUUUGCUAAAUUAGUGCCGAGUACGCGGAAGUAACUUAAAUUUUUUUUUUUCCUAAAGUCAAAAUUUUCUCUACUCGUCGGGAAAUUUACGUCGUUCCAUAAAAAUCGCGUCGAGUAAAUAAACAGUAAAAGCUUCCUUGUCUACAUUGAAUUGCGACUUGUGUGAGAGUUACGGGAAGCAACUCAAUGAAGAGAAUAGCAUAAUACGAAAACAUCUUUUUCAAAAUCGCUUUUUCAGAGACUCGUAGCUAUGUUUCCAAUCGCGCUCGUUGCACCAAGAGCGGUUGCAAAAAACGUUGAUGCCAGUAAACACAAAGAAAGACCGACCGAGUUCAUACUACCUCAUGCCGGUUUAAUUGAGAACGAGUACGAUGCGGUUGGGUUUGAAUGGCAAACCGAACUUGUGCAGGCGCAGUUCCAAGACCAUGGGACAUACUGUUAGAGGGCAUGGAGACGAGAGACAACGGCCGAAAAAUGACUCAAGACUGGAACCAAACAUUUCAACCUGGUUUAUGGGGGCAAAGUUCCGCGCAGAUGGAUCCUCGAGGACACAGGGCCUUCCAGGAAAUACCGGGACAAAACCGAGAAAUUCAUGAAAUGUUUAAAGCCCAGCUGGAGGUGACGAGAACGUUGAGCCAAUCCAUAAUGGAAUGGAACCAGUUGAUAGCAAGAUCAAAUGUUCCCCGAUCAGCAGAAGGACCAAUAAUUUCAAUUAAGGCACCUCCCUUCAAGAGACGUUUCAAAGGUGAAAGUGACUAUGAGAUCAGAGACUUUUUGAAAGACUUCGAAACGCACUAUCGCAAGUGUUCGGAUCAAGAAAAGCGAGACCGGCUCAGGAGUCACCUAGGAAAACGAGCCGUGCAGUAUUAUGACAACGAGGAAAUAGCGUUCCAAAACUGCGAGUCUUUUGAGGAAACCAAACAAAAACUGAUCGAAUAUUUCGAUGAUGAUGAGGAUGCCCUCCAGAAAUUCUCUGCGCGAACGCAGAGGAGCGAUGAGGACCCGUUGGAUUUUGUGCAAGCGAAGAGAAAACUGGCGAACUUGGCUAAAGUGAACUCGACUGAAGCACAGUUAGUGAGGAGUAUAGUAAUGGGAUUGGCACCGGAGUAUUUGGCCCAGGUGAUUAAUAAUCGUGAUUCAACAAUUAAGGAGUUAAUAGAAUCAGUAAAAAAUGCUAAACUGGCCGUUGCCGCAACCAGCAAGAGAAGAAACUCUUUUUUGGCUGUGAAUCACUAUACUGGGCAGGAAUCAUCCUUAGAAUCCCGGGUGAAAGCCACUGAGAAUACUCUAGCAACGUUGGUAGCCGCAGUAGAUUCAAAUCGUGCAGAAACGGAGAGAAAUAGUCGAGCAUUGAACGCUAUGAGGCAGGACUUGGCCAGGGGAGUUGACGCAUUAGUAGCCGCAGAAAAGAGGUUACGAGAGGCAACAAGCGGUGACGCGCUCUAUCAGGGACAGCAACAAAUGGCAGGGAUGCCCUUCAAGAAAAGAAAAUGGACCCGAAGCCAGGAAGCAAACCCCGCAGAGUUGUGUAGAUGGAACGGAAACGCGAACCAGGCCGUUUUAAGGGCGCAACCCGUAAAUCCUCAUCUUAGUCAGCAAAGUUCCAUUCAGCAAAAUCAUGAUCCUUCAAUCAGUACAAUAAAAUCUCGUGAUAAUUUUGUUACUAAAAUUUAUCCUAGAAGUGAUUUUCCUGUAAAAAAUGAGGGUCAUACGUCUUUUGCUGAAACCAAUGAAAAGAUUUUGGAUAAAUCUGCAUAUGAUUUUCUAGAUUCAGAUACUGUGGAUCAGGAGCCUAUUUACAUAAGAAGUGUUAAUUUCAUGCAGGAUGAAAACUUUAAGCAAGAAGUUCAUUCGAACGAUAAGUUUUCUUCCGAAUUUAAGGAGGUCACAGAGCAGGCUCACUCCUUGUCUGAUUUUAAUGAUUCGAAUGUUGGGUCUAAUGCAUCUUUGAGCAGUGUUUCAGAUAGUUAUGAGGAAAUUGGCGCAACCAAAGGGAUAGUCGAGCCCGUUAUGGAGCGUGGGGAUUCCGACGCGUUCAAAAUUUGCAAAUCUGAGGAGGAGUCAGCCCUAUGUGAGAUUCAGGAAGAAGACCCUCACAAUAUACAAAUAUUCCUUAAGGAAUUUGUGAGUUCCACUGAAGAAAAUCGUAAAAAUGAUCAAUUUGAUCAGCAGGAAAGUGGAAAAGAGGCAUCGAAGUUCGUAAACGAGGUCGAGAUGCUCACGGUAACAAGCGAUGGACUUGAACUUGCGUGUGGUUUACGCGUUUCAGGACUCCUGUUCGCAAUGGAAUUUUUCUUGAUGCCGUCUCGGAAUUCGCAUCUCUGAUGGGAAACGCACUGACAGUCCACGCAUCCUCAAUGAUUCACACCAAAGUAGCGCCCAAAUCGCGGGAACUUUGACUUCGCUGAUCGUCAGGCAGGACACCAGCCGGCUCAUCUCCUGUCGAUGGGAUCAGCGGCCUUUUCCUCAGCGGUCAGCCCUGGUUCCGGGGUAGAAACAUCUCUCCCUGGUUCAUCAUCCCCUGGUUACCGUAACCAGAGUAGCUUCGGCACCCAGCGACUGGUUGGCGGAUCGCAAUCUCAGCAACCCUUGGACGUAUCGACCAAUCGACGAGGCGGGCAACCUUCUCCCACUGGUCGCCAGGCAGGCAUCCCUAAAACAGCAUGGGCUUUGAGGCACGUUGGGACGUUGGAGGCACUCUUCACACCCGGCUCAUCCUACCUCCACUUUCGGCGGGAUCCGGGCGUGCUUCUCUCAACUGAUCGGCGGAGGCAUCUGGACAUCACCCGGAUAUCCUGACAAUCGAGGGACAUCCAUUCCUGAAGGCGACACGGCGAUUUGGCAACCGCGAAGCAUCACGGCGCUUCAUGGAGGACAGCUGAUGGUGCAAAUAUCAACAUUGGGCAUCGCGAAGGACUGAACGAGGCGCUUCUGAGUCAGCAGAAUGUGUUGGACGGGCAUGGCACCUGAGAUUUUUCGGAGCGACAGCAAAUUUCUUUGUAGUAGUUUUAAGAACCGAAAUCGGGUACUCGUACUCAAUUUUUUAUUUACGUUUUUUUUUUCGAUUCAAAUUUGUUUUUGAGUACCACGAAUGCGCCAGGUUAAACUGCGGUGAACAGAUUUCAUAGCAAUUUUGGGAUUUUGUUACAUGAACAGAACGGCUAUGAAACCUCUCGAACCAAAGUUCUGAUCGGGUGCCGGCAAAUAUAAAAUGUAGCCGCUUUAUUUAUUAUUUUUUUUUUCGUAAAAAGUCAUAUUUUCUAUUACUAUUCGAGUAAUGUUUUUUUUACGCUAGCCUCCUUUUAUUUAUAAUUUUUUUUUAAACCUACUUUUAUUUUACUAUUUUUUACGAUGAAACGCUGCACUUGCUACGCAAGGGCCUUUGCUUCGAGAGGGAUGGUUAAAUCGUUUUUUUUUUUUUCGUUUUUUUGCCCAAGAUCGGAGGGUGUAAUGGAAUGGGGCCAUAUUCCAUAUGCCACAUUCCAUUAUGCAUUCUAGCUCAUUCGGGCCGAAAGCCAUCGAUUUCGCAAGUGCAGGCUCUGGCGAGCAUUUGGAUGUUUAGAGUAUCCAUCUCGGAGCACCGAUUUGUCUCGCAAUCACGUCUUUGACGUCAUCGCGUCAUCGGAUGCUACGAGAUGUAUGCUCUCGAGAUUCGCCGCGGGUUCAUUCGUAUCUUCGAGGCAGCGAGUAUAGGUAGCACCUAGCCAGUGUACCAAGUGUAUUACCGUUGUAUUGAUAUUCGAGAUAUAGAGUCAGCUCUACCAUU